UUCUUUUUUCAUUUACGCUGUCAUGUGGACAACGUCAGAAAUUGUGUGAUGAAAUUCUCGUGAAAUAUCCCUUUGUAUUUUGGUAUGUGUUUACGGCACAGAUGUAGAAUGAGGAGAGAGUCGACGUAACAUCUGUUCGACUCCCACUCCAUUACGUGAACACACCCUUGGAUUCUGUUCGUAAAUGGGAUUGUUAGUAAAUCACAAUGUGUUGCAUCUUCACUUGUUGCGGAUGGGUGAUCGAUCUUGUUCAAAGAUUAUGGACGUUCACGAUGUCGUGCUGCAUCAGCUCGGCAGUGUGCUGCUCUUUUGUGACAGCCUCUAUGUCGGGGAUAGCACUUGGAUAUAAUUACUCUCUAGCCGAGUAUAUUGAUUUGAAAGAGACCAACGUGUCCGUGUACAUAAAGCGUGGUGUGUUCGACGACGAGAUCGCUGACGAUAUGGACUGGCGACGUAGUGGACAUCUGCCUAUCGCUGGACACAUCGGAGAAAAAAACCUUAUGACGGCGGCGCCGGCGGAAGACGAUGCAGCUGCGUUACGAUCCGGUCGGAGAUUAGAUGACUCCAUGUUCGAAUCAGACGAUCAGAAUAAAUUCGAAGGCUCCCUCAUGAAGCUCACAGCUAAAGUGCCCUACGCUACUACAACGACGAAGGAAGUCACAAGCGAUCAGGAGAUGUCUGAUAUAAUUUCGAAAUACCCACUUGGCUCUAUCGAUCAACUGAAAGCAAUCCAGAGCCUCAUUAACAUGAGAAAGUCGGGGGAUGCACGUGACACCACUGCCAAGGAUGUGCCCAAGUCUUCCACCUACGGAUUCGACGAACGGUAUCUACCACACUUUCCUGCCUUCCCAGACCCAAUGGCAGGUGGGAGGCGUAGAAUGCCCGAGAAUGUCAUAGUAGGUCCUCCAUCGACUCCGAAUUCAGCGCGAUACGCCGUACCAGACAACUCCAUAAAUGAACCAGCUAAAUGGUUUUAUCCCAAACUGCCUCCCGAGGAUAUGAACAAGGCCAUGUAUGGAGAUUACGACAAGAGUUACACCUACCCGCCUCCGGUGACUCCAAGAGCUGGACCAUUGAGACCGCCUAAACCAACGCCGACAGUGUUCAGAGCCAGGCCAACACAAACCACAAAGAAGGUGGAGACGACUCGGAGGCAAAUAGAUGUGGCCGUGCCGAAAUCUAUCGAUCGAGACCUUGAUGCGUUUAAAGAGAGGCUAACUUUGGACAAAUAUGAAGGUCCCGGAGUGAAAGAUGAAGAUCUAAGAAUGCCGAAACAACGUCCAGUUAAAACAGAUGAAGAUUACGACGAAGAUAUCAAAGGUCUUCCAGUAAGAAGACGACGUCAUGUCAGUGUACAAAAUAUUCAUAAAGAUAAAACAAUGGCAGCAAUAAAGGAAGAGGGUUUGAAUCAAAAAGAAACUACGCAACAAAGACAGAAAGAUUUUAAAAAUACUUUGAUAAACAAAUUUCUUAUAAUAUCAAGUAAAGUAGCACAAAUGUCGAUAGAUGUAACAACAUCAAAAAAUAUUUUAAAUUCAAGACAAGAACCUUAUGCUGAUCAAAAUAUAAUUUUAAAUGACAUCAAGUUACGGACAUUACUGUCGCCAAAAAAUCGUAUCUUGAAUUUAUUGCAAGUAACAAUAGCGUAAAGUGAAUGUCUGAGUGUGGUCUAUUUGUGAUAUUCUUCUGUCUUGUUUAUUUGUAGUGAUUUGUUGAAUAAAACUUAAUUUUAAGUGCA